AUGAGUUUUCACCUUAAUGAUUUCACAAGUAGUAAGGCAAUAAAGUUCCAAAUACUUGUUUUUGGAUUGUCAAUACUAAUAUUUAUGGGAACAACCUUUUUCAUGUUAGUAAAUACGAACAAAUAUGUUGAAAGCCGAAGCAAAGGAAUGUUUUUUGAGUUGGAAGAAAAAGAUGGAGUAACUAAAAGAGGUUUCUAUGAAUUUGAGAAGCUAAACGAUUCAAUUCACAGAAUUUCACUUAAGUUGUCAGAAAGCAAAGAUAUGUUCGACACAAUUGGUGCUUCAAUUAAUAAGGUUGCUAAAUAUGUAGAGGCAAAUGAGAAGAAUAUGACAGCAAAAGAGUUAAUAAUUAAAGAGGAGUCAAAGAACGGAUUUGUUUUGAAUUCAAUUUUGUUUCCAUGUAAGUAUAGUUUUGAAGGUCCAGUAUAUAUAUUACUUACAACAACACCAAAAAGGAUUAAUAAUUUGGGUAAGUAUCUGGACUUGUUACACAAACAGACUUAUGGUAUUAAGGAAAUCAUUUUAUCUGUCCCAUAUUUUUUUGAAAGGACGGGAGAGGAGUAUCCCCCAAUUCCGAACUAUUUGCAAGACAAAAACAGAUUCCCCCUGUUGAGAAUUUUAAGAGGAAAGGAUUAUGGUCCAGCAACAAAGUUCCUUUUACCCAUAGAAAUUGGUAAUAUUCCAGAAGAUGCGGGACUAGUAAUACUUGAUGAUGAUACGAGAUACUCAAGGCAUUUAGUUUGUGACUAUAUUUAUGUUCAUGAGAAGUUUCCAGAAGCAGCUUUGGGAAGGAGAGGACAAGCUUUUCAUGAUAAAUGUGAUCCAACGUAUAGAACAGACAGACUUCACAGAGUAAGCCACGAUCAAAAGAGUGCAAAUUUCGUGAUUAGAAGUGUGGAUCUUUUGAGUGGAGUUGGGACAUACUUUCUUCAAAAGAAAUUCAUUAGUAAAGAUAUUCUAACGCUAAAGAAUAAUUGUCCUGCAGAAACUAUUAAUCACAUGUUCUUUACGGAUGAUAUUUUGAUUUCAGGUUAUCUCGCAUACAAGAACAUUUCAAGAAUUGCGUUCUCAGAAGAGCUUUCGAAAGAAGAAUUGAAUAGACCAUAUAUGUUAGGAUCUGGUCCUGGGGCUCUUUGGGAUAUUAAUAAAGAAACCUUUCAUAAUGACAAUAGUACAGCAGCCUUUGGUUUAUAUUGGGGAUGUAGAAGUAAAGAUACAGUUGUAAAUAUGCACGGAAAGAUACUUUGUAGAUGGAGAAAUGAAGUCUGA